ACCUUAUUCUUAAAUCUUAAUAAGCCUGUUGACAACAAGUAGAAGAAAAACCCAUCAAUCAUUCCCAUUUCCCAGCUUCCACUACACGUAAAACCAAACAAAAGAAUGGAUAUACCGGAGCUACUUGCAAUAUUCGGGCCGGGUAUCGCCGGCGCCGUAUUCGGGGCGGGCUGGUGGUUUUGGGUUGACGCCGUGGUUUGCAGCUCCAUCGUCGUCUCUUUCGUCCACUAUCUCCCUGGAAUAUUUGCAUCUUUGGCGGCUUUGAUGUUCAAUUGUGUGAGGAAAGAAGACAUCGAUUACUCCCCUUACGAUGAUGGGGAGUGGAGAUUGAAGCUCUGGCUUUUCCUUGCUUAUGUCGUAUCUUUUGUGUCACUUGCGGCAUCAGUUGGGCUGCUUAUACAAGAUGCCAUGUUGCCUUCUGGACCAUCAACAUGGACUGGGGUUGCGGGUGUCUUGCAGUGUGUAUUUGUGCUGAUUAGUGGGUUGAUCUAUUGGACUUCACAUUCCGAGUAGCUGGCUACAUAUUGAAGGUGUUUGAGACUUGUACUUAUUUUAACUCGAAUGUGCAGUAAAAUAGUAGUUCAUCUUUGUGUAAAUGUUUGUAAUAUGCAACUGGCUAUGAGCAACUAAGACGAGCCUAACUUCAAUUUCUGGAAUCUCUUGGUUCUUAUGCUGUGAGGUGGUGUUUGGUAUAAUUGUUGAGCAUUUCUAGGCUUGGGAAUACUACAUAUAAUCUUAAACUUUUAUUCUACAUAAUCUUGUCACUUAAAGCAUUAUCAAACAUAUCCGCUUAUACUAA